AACUGAAUCAUGAGUUACUGAAGCUUCAGCUUGAAACCCUGCCUUUCAUUACAUCGACCAAUGUGCAAACUCAAAGUGCAACGGGGAAUUCUUCAAGUGCAUCUGCAACUACUACAAGGCCACAAGUCUCAAUCCCAUUCUUAACUCCGUUCGAUGAUCCAUACAUACCAUUUGAGCGAAUGGCUACUUUCUUACUUUUGGAGGACAGGAGUGUAGAAGCCAGCGGCUCCGGUAACCUGGGAGAAAAAAACGAGACCUCAUCGGAGGGCUCUCGGAGAGCUGAGUCGUCAUCUGGCUUCCAAAAAUCCGACAUUUUGGAAGAAUCCACUGGCAGAAAACAUGGAAGUACGCUUCAACGGUCCUCGCCUGGGCUGUCGGAAGACUCAAACCGGUCCAGUCACUGCCAUUCAGCGGUACAUUUUACGGAAUCCACUGAAGCUUAUAUGAAAAGUGAUGAGACUGACCCUCCGAACAGUAAUGAACAACUUACGAAUCGUGCAAAAUUGGAGGAACUGCGUGACAUUAUAACUGAAAUUACAAAGUUUAAUGGAACACAGUCCAGUCCAUAUGAUGAUUCAGGAGAUCAACUGUUACCUUUAGCUGCAAAAUUGAAUAAGGUGAAUUUCGAACGCUCAUUGCAAAAUUCCCUGCGUCGAAAUCUGAACGAAUGGUGUGCAGAAGAGCGGAUUGGUAUAGACGUCAUGAUCCAAAGAUUGCACUCAGCACUGUACGCCUUACCACAAAUAGAGGUAUUUGAACGUCACCAAGACAGCGCCCACCUCAUCGUCGCCCACCAUCCGUUCGAUCGUAGUCUUCGGUCCAAUCACGAAACCUGGUCCAGAUGGCUACACGUGACUAACCUCGGAUUUCGCGCUUACCUUCAUCAUGUGAAAAAACACAUAACAUUAUGGUCCAAAGAACAGGAAAUAGUGUAUCAAACAAAUCGUUCACAAGCCGCACUCCUGCAGAAAGCUGGCGUGCUCAAUGAAACGGAUCCCACGUCGUAUCAAAGUACUAACGAAACAGGUGGAAAAUCCCCAUUGAUCGGUGAUCACACAAAUCAGAACAGUAACACAAUCCAGGCGGUUGACAAUGGAGCUCAGUAUAUCUUUCCUGGAUCGUUGAAAGCGCUGAAAAAGGAGCAGGAAGCGAAAGCUCGUUGUCUGGAGGAGGCAGCUAAAAGGGAACCAGCGUCUCGUGCACGUUCCAAACUUUCUCAUUCUCCGAAACACGAAGCGGACUCAUCGCCCAUCAAUACUAAUAGGAACAAGGCGGGGGCCUCAUCUUCACCGAAACGGGGUGCCUCGGCAAGUAAAAAUAAAAAGACAACUCCGUUGGAUGAUACCCAUGAGAAGGUUUUGGAAGAAUCCGUGCAGCAGGAAGUACAAUACCGCCCAUUCACCGGAUACAACCUGACAAACGUCUUACCGCAUUGGACAGGAAGGACAACUCAUUUGUUCCCGACCGAUGGUGGCACGGUGAAAAUUAAGCGAUAUCAGCAACUGAACGAUGCUUCUGUGGUUACAAUUAGUGUACUUAAAGAUGGCCACGUUUUCACGGUGCACCGAACCGGUCCACCUCCAGAUCCCGAGUACGAAAUCGAUGAAAAGAAGUGCAACGAAAAUUGUUUCAUUGAAUUUGACGGCGUAAUCGAUAAGGACGAUGCAAGUCAACCUGUCCAAAAUGGAAUGAAACAAAGCAAGUUGCAUGUGGUUUCCAGUCCUCCUGUAGCUGAACCAGAAAGGGAGCACUUUUCAUCUUUCACUGGGGUGUUUACUGAUGGCCUUUGUCUAGCACUAGCGGAGACAACGCAAUCGCCCAAGUCCCAACGUCAGGUUCUCGAUGCAUCUGGAGAGCGAAGUAGGGCCGCAGCUUCACACGACCGCGCACACAGUCCGGCCCCCGAUGACAAAAAGAAUAGCGAGUUAGCUGAAGCGGGCGUAAACGAGGGCGGUCAGAAAUUAUCCAUCACGUUGCCUGAUGGAACUCACCUUGACUUCAUUCAGCUCUGCAUUUCCAGUGUCCUUCUACAGAACGACGUUCAACAAGCAUCUUCCUGGAAAACCGCAAAUGAAUUGGAGAAGGAAAUGAAAAGCAUGCAAGCGCAACCGGAUGACAGAUCAGUAGAGAUUCAAGACCAGGAAGGAUGGAAAGGAGAUAGCUCUGGAUCCAGCUUGAUGACUUCCGUGGUCCGCAUGGUGCGAGCAACAGAAACACAACCAAACCCUAAACAAUCCGUUUGGCCUGUAGAAAUAGAAACUGCACGAUACAUUAACAACAAGGGAACGAUAAUUAUCUUGAAUAAAGUUACCUCAACUGAAUCUGAAGAUUCUGUAGGAGUCAAGUUACUUUUUCCAAAUGGAGACCGAGCGGAACGGAACACUUUAGAUUGGAAAAGGCAGUAUUUGAAUGAUAACCCUAAAUUCAAAACAGAGCGACCAGCUCCGAUUUGUGAACCGAUCGAGCCAACCAGGGAAUUCGUCGCCCACAAAAAGCACAACGCUUCAUCGGAAAGGAAGACUGGCUCACAAGCGAGAGGUGGUAAACUGCAAAAGACCGACGACCACAAAAGGAAGAAAGAUGGUCAUCCUUCCGAUAGUGCAAAGUCUCAAAUCUCAGAGGUUCCGAUUCCGGAGAGCAAGAGUGACCCUGAGGAAACUCAACAACCAUGGCUGGUUACCCUGGCCUCCGGUAAACGCUACUGGUUGAGGCUCAAAAAGGGCUCAUCGAAUUGGCCAGGUACACGUCAACUGUCUCUGUUUACCUCUGAUGACACUCACUUAACGGAGAAAGAGACUAGGAAUAAUUCAAGCGUCGACAGAAGUUUAUGUGAAACUAUACCAUCUGAGCAGCUAGAAACUUUCGUAUCCUACGACCCCGCAACAAGAAAAACAUUGUUUACGCGCCCGUGUGACCGUUUUAUGGUUGUACAACCUGAGGAAAACGAGAUGAGCGGAAACAUCGUGCAACAUCCGGACGGGAGCAGAAUAACGCAAAUUUUGUACCAACAACAUGAGAAAUGCAACAAGCGCAACGAGAAAGCAGAGACCACACAAAUUCUGGAUACAGAGGGAAGCUGUGGGCUUCUAGUUCUUCGCAUCGAAUCUCCAGGGUUCCCACCGAUCCUGCUUAAUCUGUCAGGCGGAGGGUACGAGACGUUUCUUCCUGGAACUAACGGAUCCGUAUCAAGACUGUACUCUAGCGUACUUGGAGAGCACAUUCUUUGGCACUCUGGUGGAGGUCGAUUGAAGAUGACAGCUGAUGGGUCGAUAAUUUAUUCACCAGUGCAGAAGAAUAGGCAUGCUUAUUUGUCAGAAGCCCCUCUUACGUCAACCUACUGUAUGCGAUGCACUGAAGCAACGGAGCUACUGGAUGUUGUGGACCCCGAAGGAAACAUGUACACAGUCGACCACUUUGCCAACUGUAAUGUUCUACUUACAAUCAAACCUGAAGAUGAACCCUCGGUGGACAGCACAGACUCCAACACGAUAGAAGCGAUCAGCCCAGACGAGCCACCUAGUCCAGCUGGGCCGGAUGGAGACAAACAGUACGGCGCACCUGAUGUCGUCCCUCAAGCACUCACUCCGGUAGCAUCCCCAUCUGUUGACGAACAUUUGCCAUUGCUUUUUUACUACAAUCAAAAUAGUAAAGAAUGCUUUGAGUUGAUGAGACGUUCCGACGUUGCCGACAUAGUGGGCGAAGCUCGUCAAGUUUCUACUGUUCCACCCGAGUGGUCCAAUGAUCUCGAAUGCUGCGAAUGGAAUUCCACUCCUUCACCUCCCGCGGUUGCCGGUGCUGAAAAUAACGAGGAAGCUAUUCUUAUAGAAGAACCACACGUGACAAAUCGCAACAUUCUCAGUUUGACAUAUAUAAAGCCACUAAGCGCAAAGAGAGGACAUGCAGUUUAUGCUAUGCCAAACAUUAUCCCACGUGGUCUGACGUGGAGGGACACACAUCCGUUUAAAGAAGGGAUUCAAUGUAGAGAAAAUGAAAAACCAACCAGAUUUGGUGAAAACGUCGCUAAAGGACUGGAUAUCGUGUAUCCAAAACUGGAUGUAAGAAAUUUAAGCGAAGUCGGAUCAGAUAACUUGUUGAUGCCGCCCCGUGUAAACGAGGAACAAGUAUGCGACCGUCCAACCCGACCUCAUUUGCUGCUGCGGCGAUUUACUUUGUAUCCAACCGAGAACGAAAAUCGAUCGAGAACGCUGUCUUCCCUUCACGCAUACGCAGAGCACUUGUUAAAUCGAGUAGUUGAAUGGUGUCAAGCUCAACCCAUCCGCUCACCACUAUCUUUUAAAAAGUGUCUCACUGAUCAGCUGGAGGCUACUUCCUCCCUGGAUGACCAAAUGACAACGGAGCUAAACGAAGACGCCGCCGGUCAAAAGCAAGUAGUAGACAACUCUGCAGCUCAAACCGCAGAACUAGUUCAAAAAUCAAGCCCCUGUCCUGGAAGCGAACCUGACCGCGAAUAUUUACAAAAACCCACAGCACCUCGUAGUUCUUCAGCGCGCAAAGCUGCCUACCAAGCUCUGCAGAAAGAGAUAGAGGAUGCAGCACAAAAUAGGAAAGCACUACGCAGCAAAGCGCUACCAAGCUAUUUUGAGACUAAGGAAGGAAUGAACUUUUUACUACGGCAGGUUUGUUACUUAAUCGAAUUGAUCGCUUCUCGCGAAUUUUCUCGGUCUCAUGUAUUAAGGAAGUAUUUGAAAUUAGCCUCUGUUACUCGGUUCCACUGCGCUGUAGUGUAUCUGAAACGUCGUAGGUAUACCUUGAUUUGA